CUUGCUUGGGCGGCGGGAGUGGAACAGCUCGACUCGUCGCCUCGUCGGCAAGCACGGAGAGAGCUGACCGCCGAAAGCAAGGUAGCUUUUAGCUAGCUAGCCAUGGCGGCCACGUCGCCGCUGCCGCGGUGGGCGCCAACGCCGAGCCCGUCGCGGCCGCUCUGGCGCUGGGGCGGCGGCACGCCCGACGCUUCCGCCCGGGCGGCCGCUGGCCGCGGCGGUGGCUGGUCGCUCGGGAGCGUCUUCGCGUGGGCCACGGGCGGCGGCCUGCACCGUGGUGGCGGCACCGCGUCGAACGGAUCAGGAGCAGGAGCGCUAGCGCCGCCCGGCGGCGGCGGCGGCGGCGUCUGCGUCCCCGGAUCGGGGUGCGAGAUGAUGCCGCCGGCGUCGCCGUCGGCCGCGGGCGACGCGGACCCCACAGUGUUCCUAACGUGGGAGGACGUGCGCGUGACGGUGGCGGGCGGCGCCCACGGCGCGCCGCCGGUGGAGAUCCUGGACGGGGUGAGCGGGCACGCGCGGCCCGGGGAGGUGCUGGCCAUCAUGGGCCCGUCCGGGUGCGGCAAGACCACGCUCCUCGACACCCUCGCAGGAAGAUUAGGACCUGGCAUGAAUAAAACAGGGCUGAUUUUAAUCAAUGGCCGGCAGAAGAAGCUUGCCUAUGGAACCUCAGCAUACGUGACCCAAGACAACGUGCUCAUGUCGACGCUGUCAGUGCGCGAGGCCGUGUACUACUCGGCGCAGCUGCAGCUGCCGGACACGAUGCCGGCGCCGGAAAAGCGGGCGCACGCGGACAGGGUGAUCCGGGAGAUGGGGCUCGGCGACGCCAUGGACACGCGCAUCGGCGGGCGGAUCACCAAGGGCAUCAGCGGCGGGCAGCGGAAGCGGGUGAGCAUCUGCAUCGAGAUGCUCACGCGGCCGCGGCUGCUCUUCCUCGACGAGCCUACCAGCGGGCUCGACAGCGCCGCCUCCUACCACGUCAUGAGCCACAUCACUCGGAUCGCCGUCCGCGAGGGGAUGACGGUCGUCGCUGCCGUGCACCAGCCCAGCGGCGACGUCUUCGAGCUCUUUCACGGGCUCUGCUUGCUCGCCGCCGGCAAGACGGUGUUCUUUGGGACAAUCUCCGAUGCCACUGAGUUCUUUACUCUGAACGGCUUUCCAUGUCCACACCUGAGAAGCCCAUCCGACCAUUUCCUGAGAACAAUCAAUAAAGACUUUGAUGAGGAAAUUGUGGAGAGUUCUAAAACAAACAGAAAAACAGCAGCUGAAGCAAUAGACAUUCUGACGACCGCAUACAAAUCCUCCAGUUAUGCAGAAAAAACUACGUAUCAAAUAGUUGAGAUGAAACACAUGGAUGGAGCUUCAUUUAGGAGAAGAGAUCAAGCAAGCUUCUCCACAAAGCUCCUUGUGCUCACAAGGAGAUCAUUCUUAAAUAUGCACAGGGACAUAGGUUACUACUGGAUGCGUUUGGCCGUCUAUAUGGGCAUUGGAUUAUGUCUUGGCACAAUCUUCUACCAAGUCGGCUAUAGUUACAGUUCUAUCCAGAGUCGAUGUGAAGUAAUAAUGUAUACCACCGCACUCUUAACUUUCAUGGCCAUUGGAGGAUUCCCAUCUUUUGUAGAGGACGUAAAGGUAUUCAGAAAGGAGCGGCUGAGUGGGCACUACGGCGUGUCAGAAUUUGUGAUCUCAAACACCCUUUCAGCCACUCCGUACUUAUCUGUCAUUGCUGUAUUACCCGGCGCAAUGCUAUACUACCUCACUGGACUAACAAAGGGCGUGGAUCACUUCACCUACUUCGUCAUCGUCCUUUGCAUAUGUUGCCUGCUGGUUGAGAGCAUGAUGAUGAUUAUCGCUGCAAUCGUUCCGGACUUCCUGAUGGGGAUCAUCAUCGGAGCUGGAGUGCAGGGGGUGAUGAUGCUCAAUGGGGGCUUCUUCCGCCUUCCCAGCGAGCUCCCGAAGCCGAUAUGGAAGUACCCUUGCUACUACAUGUCGUUCCACAAGUACGCGGUGCAAGGAUUCUACAAGAACGAGUUCAUGGGGCUGACAUUCCCAAGUGAUCAGCUGGUCGAGACCAAUGCCACCAUUAGCGGAAUUCAGAUCCUGAAGAGCAAGCUGGAGGUGGAGAUGGGGUACUCGAAAUGGGUUAACCUCGCCAUCCUGUGUGGUAUGAUGGUGAUAUACAGGAUCAUCUUCUUCGCUAUUGUCAAGAUUACUGAGACAAUCAGACCCAAAUUGGGAGGCAAACUAGGAUGUGUUAGAUAGGUGCCUUCUGUUCAUGUUUCUUUUUCGCAUUGUUCAGUCAGUUUUCUGGCCCAAUUAUAUUAACCCCACCAUGUCUCAUCUUAAGGUGAAGCGGUGCGUGGUAUCUUUAUUGUGGGAAUAAUCAGUAAAACCACGGCAAAAAGAAAUUUGUAUAGUCUACGAAUAAAUAUGGAUAUGGCACCGACAUACAACAAUCCGAUUUCGUCU